UAUUUACUAUUUAGUUCAAAUUCAGAGCUCGGAUGGUAAAGACGUGUCGUUCGUGUAAAUUGUUUAAAUUCGGUUUAAUUUCGUAUAACUUUUUGAUAUUUUAAAUUAUAUAUUCGUGCUGUGUAGUGAUAUCAGGGGCUGUUAAACGGAAGUUUUGGUGUUUAAUGGUGUCUCGUGUGACGUCACUAUGGCGGCUCCGCUGCAGGCUCGGCUGCUACUAUGGAAGGACUACCUCAUACGGAAAAGGAAACCGAUAACACUCUCAGGAGUGGCAUGGGCCACUCUUGUAAUGCUGAGCUUAUACGUAGUUAGGAUCAACGUAGAUAAUACAGAAUAUCCCACGUGUCAAUUCGCAGCGCGGGCGCUCCCAAGUGCUGGAUUACUUAAUUUUCUCCAAUCAUUCAUAUGUAAUGUCAAUAAUGAAUGCAAUGAAUUGGAAAAGUUCGAAGAAAUACCAGCCUAUGAAAAAUCCAGUUUCAGCAAACUCCAACGCGAGUUGUCAGGAGUCAUCGAAGAACCGCGCGCUCUGAAUGCUGUCGGGGCUAUGUCACACGCGGCCAGAAUCCUCUCCAGCCUGGCGAAUGUCGCUGAUAACUCUCUUCUUCUUAAUAUAACACGGAAUGGAUUGCAUGUCAAUGACCUAUUCAGGAAUCCUAAAAGAGUGGAGCGCUAUUUAGCGAAACGGUUGGCUGUUACAGAGGAUACUAUUAACAGUGUGUUGAUGUCGGAGAUUGGGCUGAAUAGUAUACUGAAAGGAGGAGCAAUGAGAUGUGAAAUAGAUUCAAUAAAGAACAUAUUGAGAACGAACGAAUCUGACCAUCUGGAUGUUUUUGUUGACAAAUUGUGUUCUCUGUCGAAGACGGAUGUUCAAAGUCUUGUCACGGAUCUGGUUUUUGAAGCCGAUUUAGGAAAAUAUAUUAAAAUGUUGGGUGAUAUGUACUUCAAACUGUCCGGAGACCAAAGUUUCUUGACGCUCGGCGACAUGGCGACAGCUUUGUUCCGAAUGAUGACUCCGAACAGCUUCGUGCCGAUAGAACUGUCAAGUCAGGACGGAUUUAGUUACGUUAAUAUGUCAAUGCUAAUAAAAUUAAUGGAUCUCUUUGAACCAACAUUUGGAGAAACAGAUUCCUAUAAAUCUAUGAGAGACCUCGUUGACACGGCGGUACUCGGAUCUCAGUACUUACAUAAGUUCCUAGCUAGUGAAGACACAGACAGCAUAGAUACAGCAGUAUCUAGUAUGAGCUUUAUGACGGGAUUCACUAAAUUAAAGAAAAUAUAUGAUAAAGUUUUUACGGCGAUACAAGAAAGCAAUUCCACUGACGUAACGGAUAGAUUUUUUAAUAUCGCCUCGAGAAUAACAAAUUUCGUUUUCAAAUGGUUGCCGGACAACCAGAAACACGAUAUAUUAUUCUAUUCUACGCUUCUAAUCAAACUAGUAGAGAGUUGCCAGCAUGUGGUCAUUAUAAACACUGAUAUAGAAAGCGUAGCCCUUAACGUCACCUUGAGGAACCCCAAAGGCGUUGAGUUACUUUUGAAUCUACCUCCUAGUUUAAUUGGCAACGGAUUGGAGGCUUUAGCGGAUGCGGAGAGAUCUCAGAUACUGACAUCAACAUUGACAGAUCCAGGAAAAAUAUUCUGCGAUGUAGAAGGAAUAACUAAAAUAUUUUUAAUAUCUGAAAAUGAUGCAAAAAAAUAUAAAAAUCAACUAUGUAGUGAUGUAUGGCAGAAUUUUAUCAAUGACUUCGUGUCAUCUUUUGGAGUUUAUGAAGUAAAGAAGAACAUCAAUAGUAUGGCGUCGCUUUUUGUGCUGCAAACCAUUGGCAAGGAUAUAAGUGAUCAGUUGUACACUAUUGAUAAAGAUUUUGAUAUUCUGAAACAGUUCAUAGAGACCUUGAAGAGUCUUGAAGAUAAAGCAACAGUCCACGUCGAUUGGGCCAAAGCAUGGAACAUCUCCGAGCAGUCCGAACUGUUGCAAGUGAUGAAAAGUAAAGAACAUUUGGGUAAACACAUGCUUAUAACAGUACAUGGAGCGUUGGCUAAAGAAGUGGUACGUCAGAAUCCGCUCCUAGAGUACAAGAUAUCACCAUUCCUGAAAGACGUGGUCAUUAUGGUUGACGCGAUGAACCAUCAGCUGGACGUGGCGCCAAAGGAUCUGCAGAAGAUGGCCAAAAAAAUGUACCCAGAUAUAGUUCAAACGAUGUUGGCUACAGUAAAGGAUGAAAAAAAGACGUACAAAAUGUUAUCCACUCCUUGUUCAGAUAUGGUGUGCGAUGGUCUAGACCACGCGUUAGUUUACCUCAACUUUCCUGAUAGUGUUAAGAAAGAACAACUAGUCCCUGUUAUGUGUAACAUAACUCUUGCCAUCGAAGAGGGUCUCAAAAAUAAUUCCAUCAUCGGACAAGCGAUAAGUAAAAUGAAGACGAUGAAACACUCCGUUCUCGACGAAAUCAAUUGGACCCAACUUAUAACCGGUCUGAAUAAACUGUAUUCUAAUUUAAAAGACGACUACACUUACCUAUUUGAUAGAACCUUCGGGAUGGAUGAUGCCUUGAAGAAAAAAGUGCUGUCGGAAAUGGAAGAGGUCAAAGAAUACUGGUUUAGUUUCAAAAAUUUAAACAGAGUGAUGCAUUUAUGUGUGAAGCUGGGCUUCCGUGUACUGGAUCUCUUGAAUCACGGCGUCUUCAACAUGUCCCAUCCUGUGUGGACAGAACUCAAACUGAGAUUGUACUCCGCGAUCGGACCGAUAGAGGUCGUUGAUGAUAUCUUACAGACCAUCGGAGGUGUCAGUAUCCGGGCUGAACUGCCUCCAGAAGCGAGUUCGUUGGUGACCCUAAUGUCUGGAGCACCUCAACUUAUCACCGACACCGUGGACCUCAUCAUACGAGACAAUACAGAUAUACAACAAAUCAUUUCAAUUCUUAACGGCGCUACUCCCUGGCCUUGUGAAACGAUAACAACGAGUUUGGAACUAUCACCGUCAUCGGUUGAAGCGCUGAAAGCGAUUGAGAGGUUUAUGUGCCUUGAUGAAAACCUGCAGGAACAAUGGAGGACUUACCUAGAACAAAAAAGAGUUUUUCCCGAAAAUUGGAACACAACAGAGUUGCCGAAAGACAUCUUCCUGAUGUUUUCCGCAGGUUUCGAUACCUUGGUGAAUGACUUGGAUAUCGUCAACAGACUCUUAAACGAAGCUUUCGAGGAAUCAGAGAAUGGAACUAAGAACUUGGCAUUUGCUAUUAAAUAUAGCAUAGACGCGUUCAAUUCCUCAAAUAAGGAAACAAUUAUCGGAAAUUUUCUAACCAAAGUGGACACAGUGCUCAACUCAAUAAAUACAUCUUCUAUAUCGGAAACAGUACCACUGAACAUACUCUGGAAAGAAUAUUUAAAUUGUUCAACAGCUCUGAAAGGUCAGAUCAUAGACGACAGCUGUAAAACCCUCGGGAGAGCCACCUGGAAACAUACUUUGAAAUUCAUUUCGGUUGCCUUCGAAAAUGUUACUGAAGAUUUAACAACUUACUUGAAGGAAAGCCGUGAGCAAAAUGCAACUCUCAUACAGAAGCUCGGUUUCACGAGCAAAACCGGAAUAUUCAUGAUAUAUGACCGCCUGCCGGAUUACAUCGCUGUGUUAAUCAACUCGUAUUUUGAUUACGGCUUUUUAAGUAAAAUUCGACGUGCAUCCCAGACCCAGUUCUGGGAUUGCGAAGAGGUGGUCAAUGCCCUGGUUCCUUUUCCCCCAUCACGUAUGGGGUCUUUGCCACCUUCUCCCCGUGUCCUCCUACCGCUUCUUUGUCCGUCGCUGUUAUAUUGGGUCUCCAUGCCGAGAGGCGACAACUCACUUAUCGACCUUUUAACUAAGCCCCAACAUCUCUUAUUCUCUUUAGAAGUAGCAAAUCUAACGAGCGAUUAUAGUAAGGUGUAUGCAAAUUUUAAAGAACUCACAACGAUAUUAAAUCAAACUUCAUAUAAAAAUGUGACAUUGAUAAAAGAUAUACAAUUAAGCACUCUCAGAAAAGAUUUGGAAACUGCAGUAGACACAGUUUUAUCUUAUAAAAUAAAAAACACUGAUCCUAGUUAUUUGAAAUUUAGUGAGGAUAAUAAGAAACAAUACUUGUCAAUGAUUUACUUAACCAAAGUGGUCACUAUGGUGAACAAAUUGACAACUGCUUUGGGUAAUGUUAAUAUAACCGAUGACACAGAAGAGAAGAUCUUGGAAUCAGAGCUGGCGAUCGUCCGAAAAGCUUUUAAACGUCGCCCAUCGGAAGUGAUUGCAUUGCAUUUCGAUUUGAUAACGGACGUACUGUGGAAGAAUGAUAACAGUUACAAACUGGUUGACGCCUUGAGUAAUGCAUGUGACAGAUUAAAAAAUAAAGAUACAUCCCAAGACAUCUUGUUAGACUUGGAUAGAAUAAAGACCCAAGUGUGCGCAAAGCAAUAUAAAGUGUUUUAUAAGGAACUAGAAAAUGUUGUUGACGAAGAUUUUACUGCGACCAGAAACUCUCUUUUGAAAAUGGUUAGAGCGAUGGAAGAUGACCGCGUCACUGAUAUAUUUGCUUUUUUUAAUAAAAGAAAAGUGCUAGUUGAUUCUUUAAAAACUUCGGUGAGGUACGCCUAUAACCUCGGCACAGCUGUAUAUCUCAAGUAUCUCCAAAAUAAUCUGAAACACUAUGAUGUCAUACUCACCUUUCUCUCUGGGGGAAACUGGUGGGAAGAACUUCGAAAACUGUACAACGGUCCUCUUGCAAGCGAAUUUUUUGAUACAGUAGAACAAGUUUUUGAUGUCUCGGAAGAUAUUCUUACACACCUGGAUAAAAUCCAUCUAGUGAAGCUGCUCAGAGAUGUGAAUGUGAACAACACGGAGGCUCUUUGCCGUCUGUCUCUGGCAGACUACGUCCCUGACGGUACUGGCGCUCUCUCCGCUCUACACUCAAGAGCCUGCAACAUUAAUAGGACUGCCCUCUUUAAAGAACUACCGCCCUUUAUGUUCGCUUCGCAGGGCUACGAUGGUAACCUUGUAAUAUCGUCAGAAGUCGAUUACAACACGCUAUACUCCGACAUAUUGCACACUGAAUCCAUGGUCGAUCUGAUCGAAGAAGAACCGAAAUCUCCAUUACGACCUCCGUGGGUCACGGAUGAAAUACUGAGCAAAUUUAGAGCUGUAGCUGUUAAUUUACUUUCAAGGGAAUCCUUAAUUAAGAUAUCUUUUGGUGUGUUUGGAAAUGUUGUUGACGCUGGGACAUUGUAUUUGAAUAACAGUGAGUGUAAAUUAUGUUCCACUCUCACCACCUGGAUAAAACAGUUGAACCUGCAGCUAUACAAACGUCAGGAGUACGAUACCCUCCUGUGUGCUCUGGACACUAUGAAUGUGGAUGACAUACACACGACACUGCAGAACAAUUUCCAUUGGGAUAUGGCCAUCACUGAGCUGAUAUCAACUCGCAACUACACCAAGUAUGAGCUCAACAAAUCGGUCAACGAAUUAUUGGAGCAGAUAAAGCUGCAGCUGUUAGACGACGUUACCGCUAACGGCACCAAGCUGUACCACUGCUUAGCCAACAACGUCACCAGGAACCACUUUGGAAAUGCUGCCUUAUUCGCCAAAGUCCUAUCACGAACGGCGAAGCUCUUGAGGGCGAUGUUGCCACAUCUUAAAGAAAUACCCGGCAUCACAGAACUACAAUUUUUUAAACAACUCUAUACAAAUGUCGCCCACAAACUACACGCUAAUGACACGUUAUCUAAAUAUACUAUUGACAAUUUUAGCACCAAAAUUAUGGAGGAAAUUAAAAAUAAGAAAAUUGUUAAGGAAAUUCAAAACGCCAAAGUUGACCUAGUUAUGAUUAAAGACGGAAAUAUAUCAAGAGAUUCUGUAUUUAUUAAUUGGGAUGAAAUCUGUAAUAAACAUGACUGUGACAAUGUUAUCAUUAUAAUAAACUCUCAUAUAAACAAUACACUUGUUAAAGAAAACUUGUUGCUGAAACAAAAAACUGAAUUCUGGAAGUUAAACUUUAUAUCGACAAUUGUCAAACAUAUUGAGACGUUUGUGGAGCACGUGGCGGGAGUGGUGGGGGGAGUGAGUGAAAUAGAUAUACAGGGAGUGAAGGAGGGCAAGCUAGCGACGUUACUGGACACGGCACUCGUCAUCAUGAGGGAUGAUAUGUUGGAUCACUUGGUAUACAGUGUGCUGGGGAUAUUAAAAGAGUUAGAGCCCAUACUUCAUCGAACAACCCUGCAGUUCGACAUCACAUCUAUAACCAGCGGUCUCAAGAUACUGCAGCGGUUCAAGAACCUCCUCAUUGAACAGGACUACAAAAUAAACGUCCAGCCAAUGUUCCCCCACGCUGACCUCAUCGAAUGGUCUCUCAGUUCGUUGGGUCUUAACAACACCAACUUCUGGUCGGUCGCCGCUCCCAGGAUACAAACUGGACAGAUAUCUAUAAAAAAUAUCCUGAACCACAGAGGGUCAAUAGCAGAUUUCGUGUGUCAUUUGGAAAAUAUGUCGUCUGUGCUUUUGCUGGGAGGGGGUCCUGUCCCUCGAGAUGAUGUACUGGCUGCUGUCAGCGAACAGUUCUGUGGAAUUGGAGAUCAGCUCGCUAAGGACGUCCUGCUGGUACUACUGGAGAACCUCGACUAUGAACAGAUCCUGGGCUUGGUAAAGACGGAGGUGCUGUCUAAACUCUACACAUUAUCAAAUCUCACGCAAUCCGAAGGAGAUGCUGUAUUGUCUCAGUUAGGAGAGAUCGCCACAUACUUGCCGAUUAUGAGAGAUCGCAUGGCCAACGUCGGGGACACACUAGCUAAUGAACCUUUAAUAGCAAGACUGAAGGGCGGUUCCGUCGGCGAUGUUUUAUCCUCUCCCGAAUUCUUUUCUGAUGCCGGUAAUAUGGUAUGUGGAGCUCCGCUGCAGGUCCGUCUAGCAAGACUGUUCCGAUCUGUGGUUCAGACCCCGGACCUCAAGGACACUCCAGACCAAAAACAACUAGAUGCCUUACCCACGGACUUCUGUCGCUCUCUUUACAAGGAUAUCGUGAGUAUGGAAGGUGGUAAGAUACUGUGGAGCUUUGUGAAGCCAUUGGUGAUGGGUCGCAUCCUGUACACGCCCAACAACCCUACAGUAAACAGAAUCAUUGAAAAGGCGAACGAAACAUUUGGUCCUAUGAUGCAACUAGUGAAUAUUGUGCACGAAAUGUCUUCAUCAUUUCCGUUCAUCAUCAACAUGACCCACCACCGCGGCGGGCUCGCGGUGAUGCAGAACAUCAUAACACAACCGCAGUUUAAAGAACUGAGGCAGAGUCUGAUGGGAAACUUCUCGGCUCCGGACAUUAACGUGGAUAGUAUGCUCGAUCAACUUGGAGAUGUUGAGUGGCUCGGUGGGUUGUUGUCCCGUUCGUCAGCUGCUCUGCGCUGUGUGACGCUGCAGCGCUUCAUUCCCGCAGCCGCUGAACAUGACCUCGCCCUGGAGGCCGCACGCCUCACUAUGAUCAACGAAUUCUCUGCUGGUCUCGUUUUUUUGAAUGUGAGUGAAACAGAGCAAUUUCCGUCCAACAUAUCCUACAAGAUUCGUAUGGACAUAGAGAACGCACCCACCACCAGAAGAAUUAAGGAUUUCUUCUGGGUUCCGGGACCAAAAGCCAGUUUUCUCGAAAACAUGAGAUACUUCCGAGGCUUCGUUCAAAUCCAAGAUAUGAUUGACAAGGCCAUAAUAGAAAUAUCUAUGGAAAAUUCUGGAAAAGUUCAAAAGAGAGAAAUAAAAGAGCAGAAUGAUUGGUCGAUAUACACGCAGCAGUUGCCGUACCCUUGUUACACCAAAGAUUUCUUCCAGACGUCUCUGUACGAGUCUCAGGCCCUGAUCGUGGCGUUCUACUUCUCUUUCCUGUUCAGUGUGUGUUCGGCUGUGAGGUUCAUCGUGAGGGACAAAGAAACGGGAAACACUAUGUUGAUGUCAGUGAUGGGUGUUGAUCUCCGCUGCCAUACUCUAUCCUGGUUCAUAUCAUCAUUCUUGGAACUGGCGGUGACCAUGGUGUGCGUGUGUGUGGUUCUCUGCGCUGGUGGAGUACUGCCGCGGUCGGACCCCUCGCUCAUAUUCGUCCUGCUAAUGCUGUAUGCAUUCUCAGUUCUUACGUUCUGCUACAUGAUGUCUAAGAUGUUCAGUGGUGCGGGUUCCGCGGCGGUGGUGUCAGGUCUGUCGUACUUGCUAAGCUUCAUGCCGUUCGUUCUCAUACUCUCACUGGAGGCCGUAAUGACCAGCUCGUUGAAGAUAUUUGUGAGCCUCUCGAUGUCUUCGUCUCUGUGCUACGCGUUCCUAUUCAUCACUCGUCUAGAGGCGACCGGUACCGGUGCGGGCUGGUCUCAGCUCUGGGACACUCCUGAAGGAUCCCCGGACAUGAGCAUCGGCAUCGCUGCACUCAUGGUCAUUGCUGAUGGAGUUUUGUACCUCAUCGUAGGAUUGGUGUUGGACAGGUUCUAUGGUAUAAAAACCACGAGUAAUAUAACUAUUCUGGAGACACGUAACGAGAAAGCCGGCGUGAGUAUCGUGAAUGUGUCCAAGGUAUAUGACGAGGGUUCAAGGCGCGCUAAGAGAGCUCUGGACGGAGUGUCCAUGGAACUGCAUCAGGGACAGAUCACCACUCUACUGGGACACAACGGGGCAGGGAAGACUACGCUUAUUAAAAUCCUGACUGGUAUGUUGAAGCCGUCUAAGGGUCAUGUGGUGGUGCGAUGUGAUAGUGGUGGGGGCGCAGCCCUGGGCGUGUGUCCUCAACACGACGUACUCCUGGACCAGCUAACGGCCCGGGAACACGUGCAGUUGUACGCUCAACUCAAGACGGGGAAAAAGUUGGAACACGUUAGAGAUGAGGUGGAAAGCAUGUUGUCGGUGUUAUCCCUGGGCCCGUUCCAGGAGAAGAUGGUAGCCCAGUUGUCCGGGGGGACGCGGCGGAGACUUUGCGUGGCGCUCGCCUUCGUAGGAGGUCCCGCCCUGGUGUCACUCGACGAACCAACCGCUGGCGUUGAUCCCGCUGCUAGACGCGACAUAUGGGCCAUGAUAAUGAAGCUGCGCGAGAACAGGACCAUCCUAAUGACAACUCAUCAUCUUGAUGAAGCUGAACUGCUCAGCGAUCAGAUUAUCAUCUUACACAAGGGCCAAAUCCACACCACCGGUUCCCCAAUAGAGAUCAAACGAACCCUCGGCACUGGAUACAAAUUAUCUAUAACUUUCCCAGAGGAGAAAGUAGAAGGAGAUGGAAUAGAAGAGAAAACCAAAGACACGCUAGCAGUAGUCAAGAGUGUUGUUAAAAAUGCUAAUUUAAUCGACGUCAACGGCUCUGAAGUUGAGAUCAAUUUACCUUUCUACGACGCAAAUGGAGUCAGUAACGAUAUACAGGGUGUAUGUCAAUUAGUGGAGAGUACUCUGGUCUCCGGCCGCGUGUCUCUGGACUGCAGCACUCUGGAACAGGUUUUCCAUGACCUGUGUCGCGCACCUGACGAAGGACCAAUAGCAACCCCUACUAUGGACACGCCUUCUCUACCCGAGUCUUCUAAGAGCGCUUCUGGCAGCAAUAAAUCAGACCAUACACCGCUAGUGGAGCCCGAAGGACCCUUGAAGGGUUCACUCUCGCAGCAGUUCCGCGCCCUUAUGUACGCGAGAUAUCUACACUAUAUUAGAAACAAAUGGCUGGUGCUGAUAUUGAUAGUACUGCCGUCGUUGUUCCUGGCAGCUGCGAUGGCCUUCUCCAGCAUCCGACCGCCCGCUGACGUCGAGAUAUCUCUCAAAUUAGAUAAAAAUCUAUAUGAACCAUCGACGCAGUUUAUGAUAAAACCAUCUUUAGUGUCGGAUGUGGACAACACGUUUGCCAUGCGUGUUCUAGACACGUUACAAUCUGGAAGACAAACCCGAAAUUGGACCAAUGAGGAUUCUCCUCCAUGUCGAUGUGUGGACUCUUUCCAACAGUGCGUGUUAUCUGAUGAGAAGUACGAUCUGCCGGAGAUGAUGUUGUUACCGGACGUCGCCACGCUUAACAACUGGCUGGUUGAUUCACAGAAAAUUUAUAUCCAAAAACGUUAUGGCGGCUUCACGUCUUCUGUCCGCAACAACCGCUCCUAUCUCAUCGCGUGGUACGACAACAACGGGCACCACGCCCUGCCCGUGUUCCUGAACUCCUUAAACACGGCCGUCCUAAGGUCUACAAGCGGCGACCCUCGUGCCACCAUCACCACCUACACGCACCCGCUCAAGAUAUCCACCGAACAGCUCAAUAAAGACAACGUUUACCAGCAUAUAGCGGACGCCGGCAUCUCUGGUAUGUUGUUGAUAGCGUACAGUCUAGCGGGCGCGGGCGGAGCGGCGCUGGUCGUCAGCGAGAGAGUCGGAAGACAGAAGCGCUUGCAGCUGCUGUGUGGCGUGUCGCCAGCACUGCUUGCAGCGCUUCAGCUGCUGUGGGAUAUGAUUGUCAUCAUCAUCAAUAUGAUCAUCACAGCCAUCAUCCUAGAGAUAUUCCAGUUUCCGGUGUUCGUUGAGAAGAACAACCUGCCGGCCAUAUGUAUCCUCAUUUUACUAUACGGUUACGCGUGUUCUGGUGUGGUGAGUGUGAUGGAGAAGCUGUUCCAGGAGUCCAGCCUGGCCACCAUGUUGUUGUUCUGCGGGAACGCCUUCAUUGGACUCGUCGGUAUAGCGAUGCUCCUCAUACUAGACAUCAUAUCGGAUUCCGAUGCGACGGAUAGCGCUCGUUACAUUCUUCAUAAGAUCCUGCUGGUGAGUCCCCAGUUCGCACUCGGAGAUGGACUUCUGGAAAUCGCCAAGAAUACCAUACAGGCGCAGGUCCUCCGUCAAUUCAAUAUGGACACGUACCGAGACCCGAUCUUCUCCAGCCUGGUGUGGCUCCACUUCGGUUACCUGCUGGUAGUGGGAACAGCGUUCAUCAUCACCAACUUACUCAUCGAGUAUCACUGCUUCGAAUCAAUAUUGGACAUUUUGUUUGGGUCGCCUGAGGAAUCUGAUGAAGAAGUGGUCGGUUGUAAGGACGGCGGGGGGCCGGCCAACGAGACAGGCGUCAAAGAGGAGGUGGUCAGAGUCAUGAGGUCACUGACCCCGCUAACUCUGCGAACCGUGGGGAAUAUUAACGCUGGUUUUGUUGAUACUGAGGAAUUGUCGAAGCCGCGAUCUCCGCCCCGCUCGUUGUCUCGAUCCACGGACACGUGUUCUGUAUUGCGGCUCACGAGACGGUACGGGACUCACGUGGCACUGAGAGAACUCACGCUGGGUUUACCACCGGGACAGUGCACAGUUCUGUUAGGAGAAAACGGUGCUGGCAAGUCCACAACCUUCUCUAUACUGACCGGAGAGUUGAAGCCUACUUCCGGGGAAGUAUACCUUCAAGGACGAAGAGUCACUACCAGAGAUCUCUGUCAAGGACUCAUUAGUUACUGUCCACAAAGUGAUGCCGUGGAUCCUUUACUAACGGUGCAGGAGACACUAUACAUAUUCUGCCAAAUCAGAGGAAUACAAAAUAUAAAGCAGGUCGUUUCUCGUACUUUGGAUGCUUUCGAGUUGCGUCGAUAUGAGAGCGUCCGCGCGGGCUCUCUCAGCGGAGGAACCAGACGCAAACUGUGCACAGCCCUGGCCACUACAGCGCGAGCACCCCUACUACUGUUAGACGAACCCACCAGCGGCAUGGACCCUCUCUCUCGUGCGUGUGUCUGGAGGUCUGUGCGUGCGUGGUGUGCGUCAGGGUCGAGCUCCCGAGCCGCCCUCCUGUCAACACACGCUCUGGACGACGCGAGGCGACUCGCCAGGAGAGUAGCACUACUAAGACUGGGCGAGCUCUGCGCCGUGGCACCACUAGAGGAGUGCCUCAGACGAUUCGGUGGUGGUUACGUGGUGUCGUGUCGCGUCCGUGAAGGAUCCUCGUUGUCGUCGUGGCGUCGUGUCGUCGCUCGUUGUCCUCUCGCCGUGCUCCGCGUGUCUUUACCGACUGCAUUACACUUCCUGCUGCCGCUACAUUCUAAUGUGGACGGUAAGGAGUCUGAGUUGCUCCUCAGCGACAUCUUUCGUCUCAUGAACGAAUUACAGAAGAGCUGCGAUAUUGAUGACUACACCGUCAACCAGAGCUCACUAGACCAGAUGUUCCUAAGUUUCACGGAGAAAAAGAGCAUCGUAGAACAAGAAGACGAUAACGACACGACGACGAGAGGACGACGACACAGCGAUGAACUGGACUCCGUCACCGCCUUGUGAUGCUAGGACUAAAUAUAAAAUCCGCUCACCAAAUAUAUUGUUUGACUAAAUGUUACUUUUGACGACAGUGGGUCUAUUGAGCGGCUUAAAGAAACACUAAUAACCAUUUUAUAAUGUAAAAAAACCUUUCUUAAUAUGCAAAAAGAAAAUAUUAGUCUUCCAAGCAUGUUCUAACUCAACCCGCAGGCGGGCGCAGAACCCUUACACAGUACUUAAAGUUUAAUCUUUUUUAGAAGAAUAACUGUAUCCGUCCUUUAAAACACUAUUGUAAUUAAUGUCACAAUUAAAUAUAGGAUUAUGAUUUUUUUAUAUUUUGAUAUAUUGUAUGAAGGUGGUACGAGUAUGAUGCAGCCUCUGUGAUAUAAUGAUUAUAUUUUUAUUAAUAAAACGACGGCGAGGUGUUCGGUAAA